AUGGGUGUGGCACUUUCGCUGCCCUUCCUCGGCGGCGGCCUGGCAUCCAUCGCCAGCUCGUGCGUCGCGGGCCUCGCAUUCUUCUGCACCAGCACUGCCGCAUCCGCAUUCUUCAAGUCGUGCAACUGCCAGUCGUCGAUCGCCACGCGCGUGGGAUUCGCCAUCAUCUUUUGCCUGGACGCGCUACUCGCCUGGCUCAGCCUUACGGGUUUCAUGAUGCACAAGAUCGAAGAGUGGUCGUACAAUUACAUCAAGAUGGAUUGCAAGGACAAGGAUCGCUGCUACGGCGUACUUGCCGUGCAUCGCAUCACGUUUGCGCUCUCGCUCUUCCACUUCAUCCUCGGCAUGCUCCUUAUCGGCGUCAAGGACACACGCACCAAGCGCGCCGCCAUCCAGAAUGGCUGGUGGGGACCCAAGGUGCUGCUGUGGCUGCUGCUCACGCUGCUAAUGUUCUUCAUCCCCAACGGCUUCUUCGUAUUCUGGGCCAACUACUUUUCGCUCAUCCUGGCGUCGGUGUUCAUCGUGGUGGGACUGGUGCUGCUGGUCGACUUUGCGCACUCGUGGUCCGAGACGUGCCUCGACCGCUGGGAACAGACCGAGUCGGACUUUUGGAAGUUUACGCUCAUCGGCAGUACGCUUGGCAUGUAUGCGGCGACGAUCGCGCUGACGGGCGUGCUGUACGGCUUCUUUGCGUCGAGCGGGUGCUCGCUCAACCAGUUCUUCAUCAGCCUCAACCUCGGACUCAUCGUCGUGCUCACGCUGCUCUCGAUCAGCCCCAAGGUGCAGGAGGCGAAUCCGAGGAGCGGGCUGGCGCAGAGCAGCAUGGUGGCUGCCUACUGCACGUACCUCAUCGCGUCGGCGGUGAUGAACCGCGACAAUGCCGAGUGCAACCCCAUCACGCGCGGGCGCGGCGGCAGCGCCAAGACCACCACGGUGGUCAUCGGUGCUGUAUUCACCUUCCUUGCGAUUGCAUACUCGACGUCGCGCGCGGCGACGCAAUCCACGACGCUCGUGGGCAAGCGCCGCGCCGCACUCAACGAGAGCCGGCCACCAUCGGGCUACGGGCCGUUGGCAACGCGCGACUCGCUCGACUACUCGUCGACAGGCGUGGUUUCGGACCAGCCUACGAAGAAGGACUCGUUGCGCAUCCAGGCUUUGAUGGCGGCGGUCGAGGCGGGUGCGAUCCCGGCGUCGGCGUUGGACGAAGAGGAGGAGGACGACGAGAUCGAGACGCGCUCCGAGCUGGGUGCGGCUGAUGAGAGCGACGACGAACGCCAGGGAACACGCUACAACUACAGCUUCUUCCACUUUGUGUUUGCGAUCGCGGCGUGCUAUACCGCCAUGCUGCUGACCGACUGGCGGUUUGUGCGCCUCGGUGGGCCGUCGCCCGAUCCGAGCGAAGACGGCGCACCUAUCGCAUACAUCGGCCGCAGCACCACUGCCAUGUGGAUGCGCGUCGUCAGCAGCUGGCUCUGCAUCGCCAUCUACACCUGGAGCCUCGUGGCGCCCGUGAUUCUGCCAGACCGAUUUGGCUUUGACUAG